AUGACCCUCAAUGUGUGUAAAGCAUUUAUAUUAUUUGAGGAUUUUUUACCUGAUAAUUUUUCUUUCGAGAACAAUAAUGUCAAAUAUAAAUUAUACGAGUAUUAUUGCCCUUUUGACAAGGAAACAAAAAGUGGAAAAUGUAGAACUGGCAAUCAAGCAGUUAGCGCUGCUACUGUAUUUUUAUUUAAUUAUUUGUUCGCCGACGAUCAAUAUAUAGAAACUGAUGAUAAAAAUAACGAAUAUAUCAUGUAUAUUAUGCUAUGGUUAAGUAAUAAAAUGAAACUACUUACACAAGGGAGCUAUGGAAGCGUGGAAGAUUUUUAUGUCACGUUUAUAAAAAAUAAUGAACAUUAUAAAGAAUAUCUUGAUAAAAUCAAUAAAAACAAAAAAAUAAUGUAUCUUGAAAUUUAUAGAAUGCGUAUACUUUAUGGGUUACUUAAAGAUCUGUGUAAUGCAAUUAUUAAAUAUAACAACGAUUCUUCAAUUUCCGAUUUUUCAAUUUUUGUUAAAAAUUGGGAAAAACAACACAAACAACUUGUUGAGAAAAAAAAAAAGUUUUUUGAAGAUGAGUAUUAUUGUAAUGUAUUGGUGACUUUACAAAAUGCUUAUCAGAAAUUUAAACAAGAUAAUAAAAUCCAAAAAAAACUUCCAGAAAUUAUGGAGGUAGAAGAUAUAACUUAUUGUAAGGAAUUAUGUAAAGGAGCAACAAGUUCAUCGAAAGUUAUACAUGUAGAGACCCGAGAUAUAUUGCCUAAAGAAAAAGAUUUAGAGAAAGGCAAAGAUAUAUUGAGAUAUAUAGAUAUUGUUAAAAAUGGAUUUAAAACGUAUAGUUUAUAUUUUAAUUUUUUUUUUACUAAUAAUGUCAAUGACUUAUAUAAAAAGGCGUUUCCAACCUUAAAAAAUUAUUACUGUAAAUUUAUAAAAUUUGCUGGUACCACGAUUGGUCAUGUGAAUGACCAACUUAAAACAGCAAUAGAAACUUAUGCACCAGAUAAUUGUAUAUCUGAGGAAAAAGGCCCAGAGGAUAAACCACCAUCAUCUCAAGAAGAUCCAUCUGGACCAACUGGACCAUCUGAACCAUCUGAACCAUCUGAACCAUCUGAUUCAUCUAAUCCAUCUGACUCAUCUAACCCAUCUAACCCAUCUGACCCACCAAUUUCUAAGGAACAAAUUAACACACCGCAUUCGUCUCCGGAUUUAUCUGGAAGUGGAGAUUCUGAAAAAAACGAUCACGAAGCAUCUAAAAUAACAGUGACAAGUCCAGUGAUUAAACAAGAAACUCCGGUGUUCAAAGUAGCAGGAAGUGGAACAACAGAAAUAGGUGAGAAUCCACUCAUCGUAUACAAGAAAAUGGGAAUUUCAAUUAUAGUUCUUUUAAUACCCAUCGCUUUAGCUAUUAUGUACAAGUAUUUGCCAUUUGGAUGGAGAAAGAAAUCGAAGAAAAAAAAAAAGAUGAAAAGGGCUAUAAAUAUGUUUGAUACAGAUGAAACAACAGAAAGAGUUAUAAACCCAACUGAUCGAAAAAAACAAAUGCAAAUAAUUAUAAAUUUAUCUACUCAAAACAAACAGGAUAAAAAGCUUACAAAUUCAUCUACUCCAAAAAAACAGGAUAAAAAACUUACCAAUUCAUCUACUCCAAAAAAACAGGAUAAAAAACUUACUAAUUCGUCUACUCAAAAAAAACAGACUAAAAUUUUUAUAAAUUCAUAUACUCCAAAAAAACAGGAUAAAAAGCUUACAAAUUUAUCUACUCAAAAAAAACAGACUAAAAUUUUUAUAAAUUCAUAUACUCCAAAAAAACAGGAUAAAAAGCUUACAAAUUUAUCUACUCAAAAAAAACAGACUAAAAUUUUUAUAAAUUCAUAUACUCCAAAAAAACAGGAUAAAAAGCUUACAAAUUCAUCUACUCCAAAAAAACAGGAUAAAAAGCUUACAAACUCAUAUACUCAAAAAAAACAGACUAAGCAUUUUAUAAAUUCCAUUUAUUGGGAAAAAUAUCCAUUAUUGAAUAUAUAUAAACUUAUGAAGGCCGAUCCUGUACCAUUUAUUAUUUUAUUUUUUUUGUUUAUUUUUUAUGUUUAUAAAAGAAAAGGCGAUUCUUUAGAAUAA